AUGUUCUGGGAGGUGACAGUUCAACAGAGUCCACGUUCUCACCGUCCCACGCCUUGUUCUCGCCGGCCAUUUGCUCCAGCCUUUCGCUCAUGGGUUGCGACUGGGCCAAGCCUGCUCCAUCUUACCACGAGGACAUGUCGCACAAGGAGGAAAUUGAAGACACCAUCAAGAAGCACAAGGACCCCUCCUCUCCUGCGUGUGCGGCUCGUGCGCGCGAGUUGCUGCAGACGCAUGCGGUCAAGGGUAUUCAGUUGGAGGCCAGCGCCCUUGGUGUUUUUUCUCGACGACUCAUGGAAUUGGAGGGAAUUGGAUGGAUCUUCUGUUUUGCUGAUCAGGAAAGCGACCACGCUGAUGAGCUUCGAAGCACUCCAGCAACAGGUCGAGGCGUCCUUCAGCCACGCAAAUCGCCUGCGAAGCCGUGGGAAGCUCUUGGUGGAGCAGGAUUUGCGGCAGCACGCACGAGAGCUGCUGAAGACACGGAGUUACCGGCGUGAGAACACGUGCCUAGAGAAUGCAGCCGUUCACUUCAGCCACUUCGUGCAGUCCUCAGGCCUCCACACCGAACUCACCAGUGCGGAGAUCACCGCCUUCGAGGAACGUGUCAUGGAGGAGAUGGAGAUCAUGUGCAAGCACCAUGCCAUCGACAGCAUCCCGGAUGCCACCACACAGGCCGAUGUGUGGAUGACGGAUUUCCUGCAAAGCUUGCGGGAUGAGCAGCCGGUGUUGACCGAGAAGCUCUUCCAGGUCUUGCAGGGCGAGAGCGGCUUCACUCUGGAGUUCAGUGCUUGGUUGGCCAACUUCUCCCAGAUGGAUUUGCAGCGGCGCACCGGCAUCCAGCACGACAACAGCUCUGUGCAUGCGUCCUUCCUCCAGACGGCCAGCAUCACCGAGACGAUGCGCACGCGCUCCCUGCCAGCCACCUUCGAGGCGCAGGAUCAAUGGCCCCACUGCCGGGAGAUCAUCGGACGGAUCCACAACCAAGGCCAAUGCGGCAGCUGUUGGGCCUUCGGCGCCUCCAGCGCCUUAGACUCCCGCUUGUGCAUCGCCACGGGCGGCGUCUUCAACGGUGCGGCGGCGCAGCUGAGCCGAGGCUAUGUGGCCUCGUGUGCACCGCCUGGAGGCGAAGAUGGCUGUGGCGGUGGUUGGUCCUGGUGGGUCUUCGACCUCAUGGCCAACAGUGGCGUUCCCACCGGAGGCACCGCGGGCUGCUCGCCCUACUUCGGCCACGGCGAUGGCACGGAUCACUUCGCGCAGUCGGGCGUGGCACCGCCCUGCCCCACGAUGUGUGGCAACAGCGCCUUUGGACGAAGCAUCGAUGAGGACAAAUUCAAGCUCGCGACCAGCAACUAUAUCCAGAUCGCCAGCUACAAGCAUCCGUUUCCCGCUCGUGUCUACCACUUGGCGCGGGAGGCCAUCAUGACCGGUGGGCCCAUCCCAGCAUAUCUCUAUGCAGACGGCGGCUUCAUGUCCUACACAAGCGGCGUCUACACCCACGCCUGCGACAGUUGGGCCAAUCACGCGAUCACGGUGAUCGGUUGGGGCCCGGACUAUUGGCAUUGCUUGAACUCAUGGGGCGACUGGUGGGGAGACCAGGGGCGCUUCAAGGUGGGCUUGUGCGUCUUGACCGACUUCCAGAUCCCCACCACCAGCCUCGCCGGGGACUCGGCGCACUACAGCUUUCCUUUGGAGGGUGAGACCCACACCCCGCAGCAGGGCCUGAACCCUUCGGAGAGCUACACGCACAUCGUGCAAGAGGCCCAGGAGGUGUCGCCGCGCACCACGGAUCGUCACUGUUUGUGCGCCACCGCGUGUGACACUCACGGCUACGACUUUGGCGUGUUCUGCUGGGUGACGGACACCGUGUGCCAGGGCACCAAUUGGGGCUACUGCGAAUUUCCGCCCAACUUGACUUCCACCACGACGACCACCACCACUACCACUACAACGACCUCCACCACUACCACCACCGCCACGACGACCACCACCACGACGACCACCACCACUACCACCACAACGACCACCACUACGACGACCACCACCACUACCACGACCACCACCACUACCACAAACAGCACUACGGUGACUACGACCGUGUCGGGAAAACCAUGGGAGCUGACCAUGGGCCCUUGCUCUGUGGACAGCGUCGGAUGCAUCAUGAGCCCCGGAUACAGCGCAGACAGCUACAGCACCUAUGACAAUCAUCAGGACUGCACUUUCGAGGUCAAAGAGCGCGUGAAGAUGGAGGUGGAAGACUUCCAGGUGGAAGCGGGCUACGACUUCUUGACCGUGAACGGCGCACAGUACAGUGGCCACACCACACCCCACGGCAAGAUCACCGAGCUGGGACAGAUCACCUGGUCUUCGGACUAUAGCGUGGUCAUGACGGGCUUCAAGGUUUGCCCCAAGGCCUUAGGAUUCCCGCGGACCAGUGGCACGGUGGUCGUCUUCGCCAAGUCAUGGUGCCCCUUCUGCACGGAGGCCUCGAUGAUCUUGCAAUCUCAUGGAGUCAAGGACUUGAAGGUCGUGGAAGCCGAUCACCGGAGGGACGAGCUGGAGUUCAUGAACACCCUCAAGGGGAUGACCGAACUCAAGACCGUGCCACAAAUCUUCGUGGAUGGCAAGAUCAUUCCAGGUGACAAGCCCGGGUGCUUCGACCGGUUGGACGCUCUGCGCGAGAAGGACGAACUGAAGCCCUUGUUGGCCAACGCCGGUGUGGUGGACUCCGAAGUGGAUCUGCCCCCGGGCACCUACGACUACGACCUCUUCGUCUUGGGCGGUGGCUCUGGCGGUGCGGCCGCGGCCCUGGAGGCGGCCAGGGACAAGUCCAAGCGGGUGGCCGUGGCGGACUUCGUGAAGCCUUCGCCGCAGGGCACCACCUGGGGAGUGGGCGGCACCUGCGUCAACGUGGGUUGCAUCCCCAAGAAGUUGAUGCACAUUGCAGCAACCAAGAAGGAAGAGAUCCACGAUUUGGCGAGCUAUGGUUUUCGGCAGAAGUCCGAUGGAGGUGAAGUGCAGCUGACUCACAACUGGCAGGAGAUGUGCAGCAGCAUCCAAGGUUACAUCAAGAACACCUUGAAUCAGGGCCUUCUGGAUGGUUUCGAAGCGAACGGCGUGAAGUACUACAACAAGUACGCCACCCUCAAGGACCGGCACACCAUCCAUUUGGACGACGGCAAGGGCAACACGGAGACGGUCACUGCACGGUUCAUCUUACUGGCCGCCGGUGGGCGCCCCAACAACGGCGGAUACCCAGGAGCGAAUGAGCAUUGCAUUUCGUCGGAUGAUGUGUUCUGGCUGAAGGAAGCCCCUGGCAAGACACUGGUGAUCGGCGCUGCCUACAUCGCCUUGGAGUGCGCCGGCUUCCUGAACGGCUUGGGUUACGACACGACGGUGAUGGUGCGCUCCAUGCUGCUGCGCGGCUUCGACCGCGAAUGCGUGGACAAGAUCGACGCCUACAUGCAGAAGGUUGGCGUGAAGUUUCUGCGCGGCUGUGUGCCGGAUCGCUUUGAGAAGGGAAGCAGCAAGAAGGUGAAGUGCAUUUGGAAAGUGGCUGGCGAGGAGAAGAGCGAAGAGUUCGACACCGUCUUGCUGGCCAUCGGCCGCACCGGCGAGGCCCAGAAGCUGGGCCUCGCCGAGGCCGGCGUGUGGUUCAACCCGGAGAACGGCAAGGUCCCCGCACCUGCGGAGCAGACCAAUGUGCCCAACAUCUUCGCCAUCGGCGACCUGGUGGAGAAUCGCCCGGAGCUCACCCCCGUGGCCAAGGUCGCGGGGAAGAAGGUGGCGACGCGGGUCUUCAAGGGCGACUUGCAGGCCAUGAACUACCGCCUCAUCGCCACCACCGUCUUCACACCUUUGGAGUAUGGCAUGUGUGGCCUCACAGAGGAGCAGUGCAAAGAGAAGUUUGGUGAUGAUGGCUAUUCGCCCUACACCAAGGAGGUGAAGCCCUUGGAGUGGUCGGUGGUCCCACACCGGGCGGCCGAUGCAUUUUUUAAGAUCCUGGUGGACAACAACACUGGGAAGAUCGUGGGCUUCCAUGUCUUGGGACCUCAAGCAGGAGAGAUCACACAGGCUAUGGCAGUGGCCAUGAAGAUGGGUGUGAAGAAGGAACAGUUGGAUUCUGUGGUUGGCAUUCAUCCCACCCUGGCCGAGACCAUGACAAUGAUGUCGGGGACCAAGAUCGUGGGCGUCAAGUGCGAAUCCUGA